AUGAGCUUCUCGUCCAGGCACUGGCAGGGCCUAUGGAACUCUGGGUGGAACUCAUUACCAGUUACUCGUAUUAAUUUAGAGGACUCGACCUCAAUGGAAGAUUCGUUUAGAAGCAGUAGUCUCCUCGAACAUGAAGGUCAGAAAAGAAUCGUUCACUUCUCACUCGGAGAACCAGUCGCCGAGAAGAUGACACACUCUGAUGUUGACGGCUGGAUGAAGAUGGUCACACAAUAUUACGUGACAGAGUUAAAGCUCUAUAUGCCACAUAACUAUAUGAAUUACAACUUUCCUCCGGCUAGUUUUGAUGUUGGGUCCCUGGUUGUACUGAGCUUAAAAGAUUGUAUUUUGGACCCAGCCUUAAUCCAAAAGGAUACAAUCUUCUGUCGCCUGGAAUCCCUCAGCUUAUGGUACGUCAAUUUGAAUGGGUUAGCAGGGGAGCUCUUUUCUAGAUGCCCUUUGCUGGAGAGUUUAUAUUUGACACACUGUGAAAACAUACUACAUGUUGAACUUUGUGAUGUUCCAAAUCUCAAGAAUAUUGUUGUAGUCGAGCAGAUACAUAAUGAUGCGCGUGUACCUCAAACCUUCAACAUUCAAGCACCCAAUCUUGAAUCUCUUCUUUAUCAGGAGAGUGCAUGGGAAAAGCCAUUGAACCUUGAAGAAGUAUGUUGCAGAAAUCUAAAGAAGUUGGACGUAAGUCUUGAAGGCUCUACGAUUACCAACCAAUACGUCGAUGUCGUUGUUUGGACGUUUCCUUUCCUCGAAGACUUGGUCUUGGUUGCCUACAAAUUUGGAUGGGCACCUGAUGAUGAGAUCAAACUUUCAAGUCGUUCACUCACGAAAUUAAAGAUAGUUGCAAAAACAGCUCUCCUCCAUUAG